GUGCCCUUCACGGACCUUCUGGAUGCAGCCAAGAGCGUGGUGAAGGCGUUGUUCCUACGGGAGAAGUACAUGGGGCUGUCGCUGCAGAGCUUCUGCAAAACCACUGCCCGGUACCUGCAGGAACUCUCCGAGAAACCCCUGGAGACCCGCGGCUACGAGGAGGUGCCCGAGACCCCCGUGGCGGUCGACGCCCCCGUGCACCCCCCGUUUGCAGAGCAGCAUCCCUACGAGACGUGGGACCCCCAGACCAUGCCGGCUGAUCUGGGCUUCGGGUUGAAGAUGGUGGAUGGCGUGGUGCACGUCUACACCAAGCAGGACCUCACCGACAAGAGUACGGAACUGGACCUGCCGUACCCUGACCUGCAGGAGUUCAUCGCUGACAUGAAUUUCCUCAUGGCUUUGAUCAUCAACGGGCCCAUCAAAUCCUUCUGCUACCGCCGGCUUCAGUACCUGAGCUCCAAGUUCCAGAUGCACGUUCUGCUCAAUGAGAUGAAGGAGCUGGCGGCCCAGAAGAAGGUGCCCCACCGUGACUUCUACAAUAUCCGCAAGGUGGACACCCACAUCCACGCCUCGUCCUGCAUGAACCAGAAACAUCUCUUGCGCUUCAUCAAACGGGCCAUGAAGAAGCAUCUGGAUGAAAUUGUCCAUGUGGAGAAGGGCAAGGAGCAGACACUCAAGGAGGUCUUUGAGACAAUGAACCUCACCGCCUACGAUCUGAGCGUGGACACGCUGGAUGUCCAUGCGGACCGCAACACCUUUCACCGCUUUGACAAGUUCAACGCCAAGUACAACCCCAUUGGCGAGUCCAUCCUGCGGGAGAUCUUCAUCAAGACGGACAACCGCGUCUCGGGGAAAUACUUCGCCCACAUCAUCAAGGAGGUGAUGUCUGACUUGGAGGAGAGCAAGUACCAAAACGCCGAGCUGCGGCUCUCCAUCUAUGGCCGCUCCCGGGACGAGUGGGACAAGCUGGCCCGCUGGGCUGUCAACCACCGCGUCCACUCCAACAACGUCCGCUGGCUCGUGCAGGUGCCCCGGCUCUUCGAUGUCUACCGGACAAAGAAGCAGUUGGCCAACUUCCAGGAGAUGCUGGAGAACAUCUUCCUGCCCCUCUACGAGGCCACCGUCCACCCUGCCCAACACCCAGAGCUGCAUCUCUUCCUGGAACACGUGGACGGCUUUGAUAGCGUGGAUGAUGAAUCCAAACCAGAGCAUCACAUCUUCAACCUGGACAGCCCUUUGCCGGGCAACUGGGUGGAGGAGGACAACCCACCCUACUCCUACUACCUGUACUACAUGUACGCCAACAUGACGGUGCUCAACCACCUCCGACGGAAGAGGGGCUUCCACACCUUUGUCCUGCGCCCGCACUGUGGCGAGGCUGGCCCCAUCCAUCACCUCGUCUCGGGCUUCAUGGUCUCGGAGAACAUCUCCCAUGGCUUGCUGCUCCGCAAGGCCCCUGUCCUGCAGUACCUCUACUACCUGGCGCAGAUCGGCAUCGCCAUGUCCCCGCUGAGCAACAACAGCCUCUUCCUCAGCUAUCACCGCAACCCCCUGCCCGAGUACCUCUCGCGGGGGCUCAUGGUCUCCCUCUCCACCGACGACCCCCUCCAGUUCCACUUCACCAAG